AUUGGAAAAUGAACAGAAUAAAGACACUUUUAUUGAUUCGCUGGCCGAGGACUGGGACCUUAACCCGACAACUCGCAGAACUUUUGCGAAAUUCGAAGCACUCGUCGCGGCAAACCCAAUAGUGGAAACGGGCCUGAAGCCGCAUUUUCUUGAACUCGUUAAGAGAGCGAAUCCUGUGUCGACACAGUGCCCGAGGAUGCUGGAGCGUGCCACAUUGAUACGCAACAAUCUCAUCAUGGCUGUGCUGUUUGCAGACGUGAGAGCCGCACGUCUACAGGAUCAGCUAAUGAAGCCAUCGGGCCUGCAGAGUCCCGAGGAGGUCUUGCAGGCAAUUGGCAUUCUGCCGGCGGAGCCGUCCACCAGCAGCACCUCCAUGGCGAAUGACCUGGCGGAUGCUGUGCGCUUCAGGUGCCUCAAAAUGUUGACCAGCGCGCUGAAGGUCGCUUCGCUGCCCGAAGACUGUGCCGCGUGCAAGCCCGAAGAAAUGGCCGCCCAGCUGGAGGCUGCCAUUUACGCGGGCUUCAACAAAACAAACAAAAAGUACAAGAAACGCAUACAAUCUCGUGUGGCCCAGUUGAAGGAUGUGAGGAAUCAGGAAGUGCUCUGCAAGUACAUGAGCGGCGCCAUCUCGGCCAAGCAGCUGGCCAAAAUGACGCCCAAGGAGAUGGCCAGCCACAUGAUGACCAGCAACGAGAAGAACAGCAACCCAGAAGCCGACUAAACGUGUGGAAAUUGCUGAAACUUUACACUGCCACACAAUGAACAGCAAAUACCGCGACACAUUCCAUUAUUACA